AUGGGCUCGCCAGUAAUCUCACAAGUCAGCCAUGACUACUCCCUGUUAAAGUCAAGCACGCCCGAAACUCGCAACACCCAUUGCAAACACGAUACGAAUACAAGCACGUAUCUCCAACCCGCUCCGGUUAUCGACGUCCGCAAAUUCGCCAAUCCAGCUCCGUUAGGCCUUUGUGCUUUUGCGCUUACGUCGUUUCUUUCAAAUUGCAUUAAUCUCAAUGUGGGGGGCAUUCAGGCUUCAGGUAUCAGUGUUUCGUUGGCGUUGAAUUACGGGGGUAUAGCCCAAGUUUUGGCUGGCAUGUGGGAAAUGGCUGUUGGCAAUACUUUCGGUGCAACAUCUUUCUGUUCCUAUGGCGCUUAUUGGAUUACGUUUGCCCUGAUCUCGGACUUUGAGCCUGCUGGUUCUGGAAAGGAUGCGGGCGGGACUUGUCAGGAUGAGACGUUAAUGGGAUUGUUCAUGCUGGCUUGGUUCAUCUUCACAACCCUGAUGCUGCUCUGCACAUUGAGGUCCAGUCUUGCGAUGUUCCUCCUAUUUUUCUUCCUGGACAUGAACUACCUUUUACUUGGCAUUGCGCACAUUCAAUGCAGCUCCCAUGGCGAGAUCCUUGUCGCAGUUCAGAAAACUGGUGGAUUGUGUGGUAUCUUUGCUGCGUUUGCUGCGUGGUGGAAUGCCUUUGCUGGUAUUGCGGAUACGAGUAAUGGCUUCUUCACUGUGCCUCUUGGUCACUUCCCUUGGUCACCUAUUGUUCAUGCUCAUCUGGCUAAGGCGAAGGACGUAUGA